AUGGCCGGAGUAACUAAACGUUACGACAUCAAGGCAACUUCUGAGUAUUCAAGAUUACAGAACUACACCUCCUACCAACCAACUGAAGUUGGCACUUUCUCUAUCGGUGAAGAUGGGGACUUCAUCAACUGCAACAAGGCAAAGAUCCCAACUCUAAAAACAUACAAACUUCCUCUUAAUUUGAAUGAAGGUUACAGUCCAAAAGCGGUAGAUGUUUCCAGGGAAACGAGUUUUCCCCAAUGGGAGAAAGGCUUAAAGUGGAUCCAUGGCAGCAAAGACGGCAAGAAAUCCUUAUCCGAUGUUGAUGUUAUAACUCAAAGAGGAGUACUGAAAGAUAUAGGAUACACUAAUCAUAACAGAUACAAAAACCCUUGGAAGUUUGAAGCAUGUAAAUACAAAGGGAAAUUGUACAUCAGAAAAUUGGAACAGGAAGAAAAGUGGGAUGCCUGGGGAAUGCAGAAUUCAUACUGGGGCAAAAAAUUUGAGGAGUUUGUUAUGGAACAACAGGCUGGAACGAAGGCGACCUACAACAUGCUGAAAGGAAAGAUAGGCAAUAGAAAUUUCUUGCUGAGUGCCGAAGUUGAUGCUGUCACACCCGACGGAAAGCAUAUGGAGAUCAAGACAUGUUUUGCUAACAAGCUCAAUGUGAAGAUCCCUUUGGCUUGGCUACAGUCCCACUUAGGAAAGGUUGAUGUCCUGUACUAUGGGUUGAAGGAUAAGCAAGGUAUGGUAUAUAGCAAGCCAACUGAGAUUUCCAUGGCCCAAGUUCCAGGGAGGUAUGUGAAGGCACAUGAAGCAAAUGCCAUGAUUGGUUUCAUAGGGGAUGUCAUCGACUGGAUGCAUACCGCUAUUCCAGAUGGUGAUGAAACUUGGAUACUUGAAUACCCCGGAGGUAGAGGCAGACAAAUUAUUACAUUGGAGAUUCAGGGACAGAAGUUCAUGCCUAGCUGGUAUCUGCAGUUUAUAGAUGGUUCAAAAGAAGAUGAUCUGGUAAGACAGGUAGAAGCUCUCAGCUUGGAACACCCAGUUUAA